AGAGAGAAAAAAAGAAAGAGAGUCAGAGUGGAGUGGCGCAGCGGAGUUUUUUGGCAACGAGCUAACGGGUCUGCAUGGACGUGUCUGUAUCAGUGGCUUCUCCUGAUCCGAGUACACGGCAGGCUCAGUUAAUGCAACGGUGGAUUCUUUCAAGGAGACUUUGGCUGCAAAGGGCGAAAUCCACAUGGCUUUUCUUACAACUUUGAGCCAGGAUUGCUACAAUUUUCUACGCUGAAGUUUUUUUUCUUUUCGCUUCUUUUUUUAACAUUACCUGAUAACCGCAAGUUUCUCCGGAUUACCUCCCAAUGCCGUGACUUGGCUUACCCACCUGCUGGCGUAUUUCUGGUGCACAUGGAGAUGGUUUCAAUUAUGGCAGCACUGCACAGAAGUGGAAACCAACGGGACCAGGAUUGUGUGCAGCUGAGGAUGGAGUGUUCGGUAGCGGAGGGGGACGAGGAGCCCAACCUGUGUAGGGGUGUUUGAGAUGGUGUGGGGGGCAGCCCCGAAAGAUGAGAAGGCAGAGAGAGAAACCAAUAGUGACAACACUUCUGGCGCAAGGCAGGUACAGCAGCGACAGAUCCUACCAGGCAACCAGCAUCCAGAGUUUCGUCAGCCUGACACACCCCAUACAGUACAAUUUUUUAAUUCCAGGCUCUUGAAUCCUCCAACUGAAGCUCAAUCAUUCAAUUGGUCAGCUGUGCAGGAGUCUUCAUUAUCUGGACGUCCUCUGAAUAGUCUUAAUCUACAUUUAAACCCAAACUUAGACCAAGAAUCAUUGCUAAGCAACCAUCAUCUUAACAGCCCUUCAGACUUGGGACACAGACCGUUUUUGGUUGAUCAAGUGAAACAACACAAUUUGAAUUUUCUUCCAGUGAGCCAAAGGCACCAUCAGAUCUCAAUAGAAAAAGCAGAGAGGCAGACGAUCCCAGACCACAAGCCAAUAAAAUGUUUCAGUCCCCUGCAAAUUCCUGUCCAUUGUUGCUGGCAGAGACAGUGUCCUCUCCAUGGUGAUUGUACACAAGUGGAUCCUGAUCAGGAAAGCCAUGACUCAACCCAAGCAGUAAUACAGUGCAGUUUAAACCUUGGUGUAGACAAGCAAGCAGUAUGUUCUGAUGACCAUCUUGAACCUCAACUCUCAAGUCCCCAGCAUUCACAGCCAAGCCUUGUGCGAUUUACUUCACAGCUACAAUGGAACAACUUUAAUAGUUCACCAACAGAUCCAAACAUUGAAGCAGUAAACCCGUUAACCCACUAUCGCACAUUUCGUGGCACUGAGCGAGAAACCAUCGAGAAAGCAGUGCAAACUCUAUUGGCUGGAGACAUAUACUGGGGCCCACUGCUGGUUGAGGAGGCCCAUCGCCUUCUACUGAAUACCAGAGUGGGUGUAUUUUUGGUUCGGGACAGCAUGCAGGGAAAUCAUUUAUUCAGCCUAAGCGUGCGUACCAGUACUGGACCACGCAGCCUUCGAAUUCCAUUCAAAGAAGGACGUUUCUGGUUGAAAGACCUGAGCGCGGACUGUGUAGCACGCCUCCUUGAAAUGGUUGUGGAGCGCACACGGACGCAGCCCCUUAAAUGUGAUGAAGGGAUUCAUAUUGUGCUCUCUAGGCCUCUCAGAAAAAGCCCACUUCCCAAACUUCAGGAGCUGUGCCGUCAGGCAAUAAUGGAAAGUUUGAGAGGCGCAAAAACAGAGGGCAGCUGGGCAGAUUUGAUUGCACAACUUCCCCUGCAGCCAAUGCUCAUCAAGUACAUUCUGGAGUUUCCCUUCAGACUUUAAAGAGUUCUCAUCAAGUAGUGGAUUCAGUGAUCUUUCUGCCUCUUUCAUUAUGCUGCCUAUGCUCUGGUGCCUUUUGAGCCUAAAGUGGACAUUUUGAUCUUCUGCAGCACAGCUUUUACAUAAUAAUGUGUAGCGUAGUCAAAAUCUGCCUCAAAAGCAGAAGGCUUCCUUCAGUUUGGGUUUUAUUUUGUUCAAACCUUCUCUUCUGUUGUGCCUGCAAAAUGUAGUAAAGUUUGAUUCUUUCACUGUAUAUCGUGAGCGUGCAGGGAUAUCACACAAUAAGAGCUGAACUAGUGUGGAUAUCUCCAUAUGAAAUUGGUUUUGUAAAGUAAUGAAGGGGAUCACCAAGAGAAAAUAUACAAGAAGCAUUUGCCCAAGACUUAGUGAGGUCUUUACCUUUAUUGCAUUGCUACUGAUCUUUGUAAACAAUGCAGGUUUUCUGUACAUGCAAAAAUGUAGAUGUCAUUGGAAAGUUUAGUGUAAGAGGAACGGUGACAAAGACUAUGUUGGCGGGGCACACGCAGUGCUUUUGUUUUUCUGCAUUAAAUUGGCAAUUCAAGUAAUAUACUUACUCAUUAGUCAUGUCUACUGUGUAGCACCAUGACAAGAAGUCUUUCACUUUUUCUCUGCUCCUCUCCCUCUCUCUUUGAAUCUUACACACUCUUUGCAGAUGACAGACUGGGCUUUAACAAUGGAAUCAACAUUCAUGACUCAGGUUGUUCUACUCCUUAAUUUCUCAUUUCCACAGGCUAAUUGCUUUCUCCCCAUCAAAUGGUUUGGACAGAUCAGAGUGCCUAUAAAGCUUUGGUUUGUUAACUUGCCUGUUGCCAACAGUAGCUUUGACUGAUGCAAUGCACAAAAAUGAGAUCAUUUUGUUGUACCAUUUUGCAGUGUGUGCUAAUAUUUUAUAUAUAUAUAUUUUUAUGGACAAUUUCAGCCUUUGUAAGCUAUACACCAGUAGAAAGCUAGUGCUAAUUUUGGUGGUUCGCAGUGAGAUGCGUUGAGAACAUUUCUAGCUUUUCCCAUAAAAUUUUUGGAUGUGUGUUCACUGUCAGGUUUGAUUUUUUUCUCCAAAGGGAAUAUUAUAUUUUAUUAAUAACAGUGCAGUGGUAAGAGACAUCUGGAAGCACUGCAGCUGCACACGCCUUUUGCCUCUCUGCAAACUUCCUUUCAUUUUAAUACAGUCUUCAGGUGAUGCCAGUCUUAAUGUGCUUGAUAGUCUUCUUGGCAUUGUUAGAUGUAGCCAUAUCUAAUAAUAGUUUGACCCUGACAUUGCAAGUCCAUGAAUGAGAAGUAGCUAGCUCUUCUUUCCUGUUAGGGUAGCUAAGAGCUCAUUUGUCCCAGUCACGUUUUAUAGCCAGGGUAUGCACAGCGAGUUGUGUGUGUGUGUGUGUUUUGUUUUUUUUUUUUGUUUUUUUUUUUCUUCCCCUUCCAUCAUCUUGAAACUGUCUACAAGAGACACAAACUUUGUGGCUCUUGUGGGUGCACUAAUUCUAAGUAUUGAAAGCAGGACUAUUCAGUUCCAGACCUCAGAGGUUUUACUACCACUUAGCUAAAAGAGUCACAUGCAUACAGUAUAUAUUCUUGUUUUUCUUCCAUCCCGUGUCAUUGGCAACUUUAAAAAUUGCAAGUAGUUCACGCUUUAAAUUUUCCGAUAAAUUAAUGAGUUAUAAUUAAUAAAAGACAGCAGAAUGACUAAGAGAAAUCACUGCUGUAAAAAAAGAACACAAUGAAAGAAAAUAGAAAGCUGGUGUCUCUUGCUUUGCUGCAGGCAACUUGGGUUUCUCUAGUUUCCCCUUAAAAAGGAGAACAACUGGAUUAAGAGCUUUUCAGCAUAUUAACAGAUUUCCUAAAAAUUGUUAAAGUGUAUAGAGAUGAAAGGAUACAGAGUUUGGAUGAACGAAGAACUGGCAUCUUGUUUGUAAGCCUAUUCUGAACUAUGGGUUAAGAAAAAGAACAAGGAUCUGCCCAAACAACUGGCGAUGAGGAGCUGGAGUAGGACACAUCACAACCACUGUGCAUUUUCCAGGCAUGGGCAGUACACAGUACCAUAAAUGUACUGGUGAAAUCAACUGAAUUCUGUUUUUACUUGAAGCCUUCUCACUAUGGUGUGGCUGUUAAUCUUAUUAACUUUUGACUUGUAUAUUGGCUCAGCUUAUCACGCUAAGAUUUUAAUUUGUUGUUUUGGUGUUUUUAAUUUUUUUUUUUAAUUUUAAAUCAUGAUGAAUGGAAAGAAAAUUACAAAAAAGCUUAGCAACUGUAAAGUUCAAUUAGCUGUCACCCAGCAAACCAUAUUGUUUUGUUUCAGUGAUAUGUCAUUUCUCCUAAAUAAUAAAAUUAUUUUAUAGUACAA